AUGGGAAAUAUAAAUAAAAAAUUAUUUUACUUUUUAAUUCAAUUAAUAACAAUUCUAAUUGUUUUAUCAGAUGAUUCAUAUAAUAGUUUAUUACCACUUGAAAAGGAUAUAGCAGUUAUAAUUAGGGAUUUAUCACCACAAACCAAUCCAGAUUUUGAAAUUGAUAAUCCAAAUCGUGUUAUAAAAGGGUUAGUUAAGGAUCAAUUGAAUGAAGAAGAUCGUAGUCCAAUUUAUUGUUGUGGAGAUGAUCAUGCACCAAAUAUCGAUAGAAAUAGAUUUGUAAUACAUAAUCAAAGUACAUUUUAUAGUUGGUUUCAUAAUCAAAAGGAUGUUAAUAUUGUAAUUUCCAAAUCAUUAGUAUUCACUAGAAAUGUUACAUCUGAUGAUCCAAGAAUUUACUCUUAUGAAAGUGAUAAUUUCUUUCCAAUUGAUAAGAUGGGUUUUGAAGCAGAUUCAUACAAUGGACCAAUAAAAAAGAAUCAAUGGAAGGAUAGAUGGGGAUUUCCAAGAAAUUUCCAUUUCUGCUUAGAGUUACAUGCUUCAUUUUUCUAUAUUGGUGGUGAAUUAUUCAGUUUCAAAGGUGAUGAUGAUGUUUGGGUAUUCAUUGAUAAUCGUUUGGUAUUGGAUUUGGGUGCACCACAUGAUGUGUCUGGUCAAAAUGGUCAAGGAUCUGUAUAUUUGGAUAAUUUAGGUUUAGAGAAGAGUAAGAGUUACAAUUUCGAUUUCUUCUAUUGUGAGCGUCAUACAACCGAUUCUCAUAUUAUGGUUGAGACAAGUAUAGAUUUCAAAUGUAAAUACUAUGACUAUUGUGGUGUUUGUGAAGGUAUGGGUAAAUGUUGUAAUCCUUCAGAGUGUUAUGGUAGUUUGCCUGCAUGUGGCCAUUUCGAAUGUCCAGGUUUAACUGAUAUCGCUCCAAAUGUUGAUUGGCGUUAUCAUUGUAAAGUUGUAGUUCCAAAUUGUUCCCUCUCUGAUACAUUCUGUGUUAAACAUCAAUGUGACCCUGAUAGUAAACAAUGUGUACCAUCCACUGAUUAUCAACCAUGUCAAGGUAAAUCCAAUAGUUCUUGUAUCGAAGCCCGUUGUGAUGAUAAAAUGGGUGGUUGUUACUUAAAGAGUAAACCAAAGGAUCAAUCUAAAAAUGAUACAACUUGUUAUCGUGAAACUUGUAAUGAAGAUACUAGCACUUGGGAGUAUAAAGCACUUUGUGAAGAUGAUUCUGAUAAAUGUAUUUCAAAGAAAUGUAUUCCAAAUUCUGGUUGCUCCAGUAGCGUUGUUGAUUGUAAUGAUAACAAUCAUUGUACCAUCGAUAGUUGUUCAAAGGAUACUGGUUGCAUUCAUGACCCAAUUGAAAAUUGUGUACCAUGUGUUGAAGGCAAUAAAUGUUCAGAAUCCAGUGAUAAAUGUCAACAAUUGGAAUGUAAUCCAUACAAUAGUACAACGGAAUGUAUUGAUCGUACUAAAAAGAAUUGUGAUGAUUCAAAUGCUUGUACUAUUGAUACUUGUAAUGGUGAAAGUGGUGAAUGUGAAAAUACUCCAAAACAAUGUCUUGCUAAAAAUAAAUGCUCCACUGCACGUUGUAACUCUAAAACAGGCCAAUGUGAUAAUAUCUAUCAUUGUGAUGAUGGUAUACUUUGUACUCUCGAUAAAUGUUCAGAAAAUGGUACUUGCUAUUAUGAAGCAAAUCCAUGUGAUGAUGGUGAUCAAUGUACAAUUGACAUUUGUUUGAAUACUCUAACUGAAACUGGUGGUUGCUCUCACAGUGCUCGUGUUUGUGAACCAAAAAAUUCAUGUUUUACAAGUCAUUGUGAUAAAAAGUUGGGUUGUGUUCAAACUCCAAUUGAAUGCCCAGUUGAAGCUUUCUGUUUAAUUAGUUUCUGUGAUAAUUCAACAAAGAAAUGUAUGACCGCUGAUAGACCAUGUAUUCCUGAUGAUCCACGUUGUCAAUAUGGUGUUUGUGAUAACGAUACCAAAGCUUGUAUUUUUAAAGACUAUGAUCCAUUACCAUUUAAAUGUCAAUCUGCUGCUGUUAAAGCUGCCGUUGGUGUUGGUGCUGGUGCUGCAGCUGGUAUUGCCAUUGGUGGUGCAAUUGCAUUAGGUCUUGCUGCUUUUGGUGGUAAACGUGGUUAUGAUGCUUGGAAAUCCUCAAGAGAUAAUCAAAUCCAAACUUCUUCUGAAAAUCCAUUAUAUAAUCCAAAUCCAAAUCAAGGUGAUAAUCCACUUUAUGCUGCUAAUAAUUCUUGA